UCCGGUUGUGCACUUAUCACCAUGGUUGACACCCGGAGUGGGAAGAGCACUAACCCCUAUACCCAGGAACAACAAGAGAAGAUAGCCGCCUUAGUAAGAGAGAAUAAGGAGAGGAAAAAGCUCCUGAAACAGGCGAAGUUGAAGGCAAUCGCAUAGGAGCAGGCGGCGAAGAUGAAGAAGUUAGAAGAAGAGAUGGAGGAGAAGAAGAAGGCUGCCGAAGAAGAAGCGGCAGCAGAAGCAGAAGAGGAGAGGAAACACAGGGAAGUUAAAGGAGAGAGUAGUGGCACGACGAACGAGGACGCCCCAAUGGAGAAGAAAAUCAGUGAGUGGAUUGUUAAUUUAUCGUUGGGGGAAGAUGAAGAGGCACAAUUCUAUUUGCCACUGGAUGAGAGGGAUGCGGUAGCCAGUGAGCUAGCAGCAAUCAAGGACCCUCAGGAACGACAAGAAGUGGAGGAGGAGAAAAAGUUGGAGUGGAAACUGAGGAUGAAGAGGGAAAAGAAGAGAAGGAGGGACGAAGUUAAUAGGUUGACCGCGGAGGUGGCGAAGGUGAGAGAUUGCAGGCAGGAGGUGCAGGCGCAAGUAGACAUCUCUGCCAAGAUGGACAAGAUGCUGGGAUAUUUAGAAGUGUUGAGCGCAACUUGGAUGGAGGAGCGCCAAGCUAGCUGGGGUCAAGAUAUGGCCCUGAGUGCCAUGCGGUUAGGUAAACGAGACUUUGCGCACGAUAUGGUCACCCACGUUGGAGGGGAAGUUAGGCGACUGAGAGACAACGUGGGGAAGUUUUGUGAGGGCGCCAUUGAGGGUGCCAAAGCGGUAGCCGCUGUCGAGAGCGAGGCCAGACCUCGUAAAGAACCCGUCAAACUUAAGUUCCCAAACGCAUACGGCGGGAAGGAGGAGGAGAACUUUGAUAACUGGGAGGCCAGUGUCAAUAGUGACGUAUAUUUACAACACAUCCGGAAUGAGGAACAAGUCCUCGUCGCCUUCCAGGCCCUCAAAGAUGAAGAACAACCUGGUUGCAUAUUCUAAGAUCACCCCCCUUCCUCAAUUCUUCAAACUCCUCAGGGAGAGAUUUGUUGACCCAACGAAAGGCGUUAAAGCCUCU